AUGCUGGCCGGUCGUCUUCUGCCUUCGAUUGCACGACCCUUGACCGCCAACCUCUCCAUCUCGCACCUCAACACCACCAUCACCAGCACCUCCGCGCACGUCCUCCUCACGGCUGCUCGCAGAUCCGCAUUCGUCCCGAGCAGUGCCUCACCCGCCAUCCCACACCGCCUGCGCACCAUGUCGUCCACACCCGCCCCCGCAGCCGAGGCCCAGCCGCCAAAGGAGCAGCCACCUCAGCAAAAGGCGCCCGCCGAUGCCUCCGCCGCCGAGGACGCUCCCCUUGGCCCCGACGGCCAGCCGAUGACCAAGUCGGCCCAGAAAAAGGCCGCCAAGCUCGCCGAAAAGGCGGCAAAGCAGGCCGCAAAGGACGCCCUCAAGGCCGAGCGCGGCGCAAACCAGGCCGCCAAUAACGCCGCCGCGCCCAAAAAGGAAAAGGUCAAGAAGGAGGUCAAGCAGGAGCCCGAGUGGGUCAACAACACCCAGCCCGGAGACAAAAAGGACCUCUCGGCGCCGAUGGAGAACGGGUACAACCCGCAGCACGUCGAGCAGUCGUGGUUCCAGUGGUGGGAAAAGCAGAACUUCUACCGCCCCGCAGAGCCCACCGAGUCCGACCCCUACGACCCGGCAAAGACGUUUGUCGUCCCCGCGCCGCCCCCCAACGUCACCGGCUCGCUCCACAUCGGCCACGCCCUCACCAUCUCGAUCCAGGACACCCUCAUCCGCUGGCACCGCAUGAAGGGCUUCCGCGUCCUCUUCAACCCGGGCUACGAUCACGCCGGCAUCGCCACCCAGAGCGUCGUCGAGAAGCGCAUCGCCAAGCUCGAGGGCAAGACGAGGUACGACUACGGCCGCGAAGCCUUCCUCGAAAAGGUCUUUGACUGGAAGGACGAGUACCAAGCGCGCAUCGCCAACCAGAUGCGCCGCCUCGGCGCCAGCUACGACUUCACCCGCGAGGCCUUCACCAUGGACAAGCCGCGCUCCAAGGCCGUCACCGAGGCCUUCUGCCGCCUCCACGAGGACGGCAUCAUCUACCGCGCCAACCGCCUCGUCAACUGGUGUGUCAAGCUCAACACCACCCUCUCCAACCUCGAGGUCGACCAGAAGCAGCUCAACGGCCGCACCCUCAUGAACGUGCCCGGCUACCCGGCAAACGAGCGCGUCGAGUUUGGCGUCAUUGUCUCGUUCGCCUACCAGAUCGAGGGCACCGACGAGCGCAUCGUCGUCGCCACCACCCGUCCCGAGACGAUGCUUGGAGAUACGGCCGUCGCCGUCCACCCCAACGACGACCGAUACAAGCACCUCCACGGCAAGAUGCUCGUCCACCCGUUCGUGCCCGGGCGCAAGGUGCCCAUCGUCGCCGACGCCAUCGUCGUCGACAUGGAGUUCGGCACCGGCGCCGUCAAGAUCACGCCCGCCCACGACCCCAACGACUACGAGGUCGGCGUGCGCCACAAGCUCGAGUUCAUCAACAUCCUCAACGACGACGGCACGCUCAACGACAACGCCGGCGAGCAGUUCAAGGGCAUGAAGCGCUUCCACGCCCGCCGCGCCGUCGUCGACGCGCUCAAGGAGCGGGGCCUCUACGUCGAGACCAAGGACAACCCGAUGACGGUGCCCAUCUGCAGCCGGUCCGGCGACGUCAUCGAGCCCAUCAUGAAGCCGCAGUGGUGGGUCAACUGCAAGCCGCUGGCCGCCGCCGUCGUCGAGCGCGUCAAGGCGGGCGAGAUGACCAUCGUCCCCGCCCAGAGCGAGCGCGAGUUCUUCCGGUGGAUGGACAACAUCCAGGACUGGUGCAUCAGCCGCCAGCUGUGGUGGGGCCACCGCUGCCCCGCCUACUUUGUCAACAUCGAGGGCAAGCAGCAGGACCGCAACGACGCCAGCCAGUGGGUCGUCGGACGCACCGCCGAAGAGGCCCAGGCGCGCGCCGAGAAGCUGGCCGGCGGCGCCAAGUUCACCGUCGAGCAGGACGACGACGUGCUCGACACGUGGUUCUCGUCUGGCCUGUGGCCGUUCUCGAUCAUGGGCUGGCCCGACAAGACCGACGACCUCAAGCACUUCUACCCCUCGUCGCUCCUCGAGACGGGCUGGGACAUUCUCUUUUUCUGGGUCGCCCGCAUGGCCAUGCUCGGCGUCUACCUCACCGGCUCGGUGCCGUUCCGCGAGGUCUUCUGCCACGCCAUGGUGCGCGACGCCCACGGCCGCAAGAUGAGCAAGUCGCUCGGCAACGUCAUUGACCCGAUCGACGUCAUCGAGGGCAUCGCGCUCGAGGGCCUGCAGCAGAAGCUGCGCGAGGGCAACCUCGACGAAAAGGAGAUUGUCAAGGCGGCCCAGGGCCAGAAGAAGGACUUCCCCAAGGGCAUCCCGCAGUGCGGCACCGACGCGCUCCGCUUCGCCCUGUGCGCCUACACGUCGGCGGGACGCGACAUCAACCUCGACAUCCUGCGCGUCGAGGGGUACCGCAAGUUCUGCAACAAGCUGUGGAACGCCACCAAGUUUGCGCUCAUGAAGCUCGAGGGCGGCUUCCAGCCGGCGGCCGACGAGCGGCCGACGGGCCACGAGAGCCUGGUGGAAAAGUGGAUCCUGCACAAGCUCAACGCCGCCGCGCGCGACGUCAACCAGCAGCUGGCCGAGCGCAACUUUAUGGCGGCCACGACGACCGUCUACAACUUCUGGCUGUACGAGCUGUGCGACGUCUACAUCGAGGCCAUCAAGCCCGUCACGGACCCGAGCUCGGCCGACGAGCGGGCGCGCGUGUCGGCGCAGAACACGCUCUACACGUGCCUCGACGCCGGCCUCAAGCUGCUGCACCCCUUUAUGCCGUUUGUCACCGAGGAGCUGUGGCAGCGGCUGCCGAAGCGCGCCAACGAGACGGCCGAGUCGAUCUCGCUCGCGGCGUACCCGCAGGCCAUCGAGCAGCGCGACGACGCGCGCGCCGAGGCGGCCUUUGACGACGUCUUUGCCGCCGUCCGGGCGGUGCGCGGCAUGGCGUCCGACUACGGCCUUCUGUCCAAGGUGCAGGUCUACCUCGAGUCGUCCGAGGCGGCGCGGACCGAGGUGCUGCGCAGCCAGUCGGACGUCGUCAUGACGCUCGUCAAGGGCUGCCAGUCGGUCGAGGUCACGUCCGACGCCAGCUCGAUCCCGGCCGGCUGCGCCGUCAGCUCCAUCAGCCCGUCGCUCAACGCCCACCUCAUGCUGCGCGGCCUGGUCAACAUCGACCAGGAGCUGGGCAAGAUUGAGAAGAAGCUCGAAAUCAACCGCCAGGCCAUCGAAAAGACCGAGGCGCCCAUGAAGCGCGAGACCGAGUGGUCAAAGACGCCCGAAGAGGUGCGCAAGGCGGCCGAAGAGAGGCUCGCCGCCCUCCGCGCCGAGCGCGAGGCCAUGGAGGCCGCCCAGAAGCAGUUUGAGAGCAUCCGCGAGUGA